CUAUGGACUUCCGGUAUGCUUUUCUGACCGGAUAUGUAAAAUCGUCAACACCAGACCUCUGAUCGCUGAUUGGCUCGUCCUCUGAAAGAGCAGGUGGAAGUUCUGGUAUCGACAGCACUGCUGGUUUACAGGACAAACAGCCAAGCAGCGAAGAGGGCGCUGGUUAUUUGUCGCAGAAGCAACGUUUUUUCUGGUCUGAUAUUAAAGGGUCCUCGGUGGAGGGAGCUGGUCUUCCCGGCGCUCCAUCAUGGCGGACAUUAAAAACUUUCUGUAUGCCUGGUGCGGGAAGAAGAAGCUGACUCCCAGCUACGACAUCCGAGCUGCUGGCAACAAGAACAGGCAGAAGUUCAUGUGUGAGGUCCGGGUCGAUGGCUUCAACUACAUCGGCAUGGGGAACUCCACUAACAAGAAGGACGCUCAGACCAACUCGGCCAGGGACUUCGUCAACUACCUGGUCCGAGUGGGAGAAAUGAGUGCAGCGGAGGUCCCGGCUCUGGGGGUCAGCGCUGUGGGAGAUGAGCAGCCCGACUCUGGAGGAGGAGGAGGAGGAGGUGGAAGUUGUGGUUUUGGAAACCUUCCUGCCAGCGGUCCUCUGCCACCUCAUCUUGUGGUGAAGGUGGAGGCGAGUGAAGGGGAUGGAGAAGCAAGCAGGCCGGUUCCCGGUGUGACUGGUCUGGGUUACUCCGGAGGAGGAGCAGGAAACUUUGGGAGGGGAGGAGGAGCUCAGUGGGAUCGAGGAGCCAACCUGAAGGAGUACUACGCCAGACGGGAUGAACAGGAAGCUCAGGCGACCCUGGAGUCUGAAGAGGUGGAUCUGAAUGCUAAUCUCCACGGCAACUGGACUCUGGAGAACGCCAAGGCCCGCCUAAACCAGUUCUUCCAGAAGGAGAAAACCAGCGCUGAGUAUAAAUACAGCCAAGUCGGGCCGGACCACAACAGGAGCUUCAUCGCAGAGAUGCAGCUGUUCGUCCGGCAGCUCGGCAGAAGGAUCACGGCUCGAGAGCACGGCUCCAACAAGAAGCUGGCCGCUCAGUCCUGCGCCCUGUCCGUGGUCCGCCAGCUGUACCACCUGGGCGUCAUCGAGGCGUACUCCGGAGUCACCAAGAAGAAGGAGGGAGAAACCUUGGAGGUGUAUGAGGUCAACGGGCUUCCAGACCUGCAGCAGCAGCUGGCCAGCAUCGUCCAGGAGCUCGGAGUCCACAUCCCCCCACCUCCUGCAGACCCCAACAAUCCCGUGUCUCUGGUUCAGGGGAAGAUGGCGGCCUUCGAGCCCUCGCAGCGUCAGACCGGAGCCGGCGUCGUCCCUUGGUCGCCACCUCAGGUCAACUGGAACCCCUGGACCAGCAGCAACAUCGACGAGGGACCACUGGCCUACUGCACUCCGGAGCAGAUCAGCGAGGACCUGCACGGCGAGCUGAUGUACCAGCUGGAACACGAUGAAAACCUGCAGAAGAUCCUGUCGGAGCGCGAGCAGCUUCCUGUCAAACAGUUCGAGGAGGAGAUCAUGGACGCUGUGGACAAAAACAGCGUGGUGAUCAUCAGAGGAGCGACGGGCUGCGGGAAAACCACGCAGGUUCCUCAGUACAUCCUGGACCGCUUCAUCCGAGGAGGCCGAGCUUCGGACUGCAACAUCGUGGUUACCCAGCCCAGACGGAUCAGCGCCGUGUCCGUCGCCGAGCGGGUCGCCUACGAGAGAGGAGAGGAUAUCGGGAAAAGCUGCGGCUACAGCGUCCGUUUUGAGUCGAUCCUGCCUCGACCCCACGCCAGCGUCCUCUUCUGCACCGUCGGCGUGUUGCUGCGGAAGCUGGAAGCAGGAAUCCGAGGAAUCAGUCACGUCAUCGUCGACGAGAUCCACGAGAGGGACAUCAACACCGACUUCCUCAUGGUGGUCCUCAGGGACGUGGUCCAGGCCUUCCCAGAGGUCCGCAUCAUCCUCAUGUCGGCCACCAUCGACACCACCAUGUUCAGAGAGUACUUCUUCAACUGCCCCAUCAUCGAGGUGUUCGGGCGCACUUUCCCGGUUCAAGAGUACUUCCUGGAGGACUGCAUCCAGAUGACCAGCUUCGUCCCCCCACCAAUGGACCGGAAGAAGAAAGACAAAGACGAGGAGGGAGGAGAUGAAGAUACCAACUGUAACCUGAUUUGUGGGCCGGACUACACGGCAGAAACGAAGCGCUCCAUGGCUCAGAUCAACGAGAAGGAGACGUCCUUCGAGCUGGUGGAGGCUCUCCUGAAGUACAUCGAGACGCUGAAGGUGUCCGGAGCCGUGCUGGUCUUCCUGCCCGGCUGGAACCUCAUCUACUCCAUGCAGCGACACCUGGAGACCAACCCCCACUUCGGAAAUAGCCGGUACCGGAUCCUGCCACUCCACUCUCAGAUCCCCCGCGAGGAGCAGAGAAGGGUGUUUGAACCGGUUCCUGAACACAUCACAAAGGUGAUUCUGUCCACCAACAUCGCAGAGACCAGCAUCACCAUCAACGACGUCGUCUACGUCAUCGACUCUUGCAAGCAGAAAGUGAAGCUCUUCACUUCCCACAACAACAUGACCAACUACGCCACCGUCUGGGCCUCCAAGACCAACCUGGAGCAGAGGAAAGGCCGAGCCGGGAGAGUUCGGCCCGGGUUUUGCUUCCACCUCUGCAGCCGCGCUCGAUUCGACAAGCUGGAGACCCACAUGACCCCGGAGAUCUUCAGGACACCGCUGCAUGAAGUCGCUCUGAGCAUCAAACUGCUGAGACUCGGCGCCAUCGGACACUUCCUGUCCAAGGCCAUCGAGCCGCCGCCACUGGACGCCGUCAUCGAGGCUGAGCACACUCUGAGAGAGCUGGACGCCCUGGACACCAACGACGAGCUGACCCCUCUGGGCCGGAUUCUGGCCCGGCUGCCCAUCGAGCCCCGGCUGGGGAAGAUGAUGAUCAUGGGUUGCAUCUUCCAUGUCGGAGACGCCAUGUGCACCGUGUCGGCCGCCUCCUGUUUUCCCGAACCCUUCAUCAACGAUGGGAGGCGCCUCGGAUUUGUGCACCGGAACUUCGCCGGCAGCCGGUUCUCAGACCACGUGGCAUUGCUCGCCGUUUUCCAGGCAUGGGACGAUGUCAGGGUGAACGGUGAGGAAGCAGAAAAUCGUUUCUGUGAACACAAACGUCUGAACAUGGCAACUCUGAGGAUGACCUGGGAGGCCAAAGUCCAGCUGAAGGAGAUCCUAGUCAACUCUGGAUUUCCUGAAGAGUGUUUGAUGAAUCAGAUGUUCAACACGGUGGGACCCGACAACAACCUGGACGUGGUGGUCUCUCUGCUGACCUUCGGCUUGUACCCCAAUGUCUGCUACCACAAAGAGAAGAGGAAGAUCCUGACCACAGAGGGGCGCAACGCCCUCAUCCACAAGUCCUCCGUCAACUGUCCCUUCAGCAGCCACGACAUCAAAUACCCGUCUCCGUUCUUCGUCUUCAGCGAGAAGAUACGAACCAGGGCGAUCUCGGCUAAAGGGAUGACUCUGGUCAGCCCUCUGCAGCUGCUGCUGUUCGCUUGCAAGAAGAUCAGCUCCAACGGAGACAUCGUGGAGCUCGACGACUGGAUCAAGCUGAGGAUUCCUCAUGAGAUGGCGGGAGGCAUCGCGGCCCUGCGGGCCGGACUGGAGGCUCUGGUGGUGGAAGUUACCAAAGACCCUGAAUACAUCAACCAGAUGGACCAAAGCAACGAGCGGCUGCUGAACAUCAUCAGGCAGGUGUCCAAGCCAUCAGCAGCUGGGAUCAACCUGAUGGUCAGCAACCAGAGGAUGGGAGACGGCCCUCGACCCCCGAAGAUGUCCCGCUAUGAUGGAGGAGGAGGCGGAGGCUACCGAGGGGGCGGUGGUUAUGGAGGAGGAGGAGGAGGCUACAGGGGGGGAGGAGGAUAUAGAGGUGGUGGAUAUGGAGGAGGAGGUUACAGAGGGGGCGGUGGAUAUGGAGGAGGUGGAGGUUAUGGGGGAGGAGGUGGAGGUUAUGGAGGCGGAGGUGGAGGUUAUGGGGGAGGAGGUGGAGGUUAUGGAGGCGGAGGAGGAGGUUAUGGGGGAGGAGGUGGAGGUUAUGGGGGAGGAGGUUAUGGAAGAGGUGGGGGUUAUGGGGGAGGAGGUGGAGGUUAUGGAGGAGGCUACAGAGGAGGGUAUUAACAUCAUGGGUCAGUUUGGUCUUCAGAUUAUCUUUGUGUUCAUGUGUAACAUCCAGAGUCAGUGAUGAAGAGGAGUCCGUGGUGAUGAAGAGCCACCCAGCGUGUUUCUGUGACCUGUCACGUUGUUUUUAUUGAUUAUCUGUAACAGCUGUAAACGUUCCAUUAAACCUUGCUACGACCGCCA